GGUGUGGUAUGGCGUGGAGAAAGAGAGAGAGAGAGAGCGAGAGAGAGAGAGAGAGAGAGAAUAGUUUACUUGAACAGUGCACACACCAUUGGCGGAAGCAGAACGUGCACUGCGUUUACUCAUCCCAACACUCUUUGAUUUCUAGGACUGCAAGCAUUCGAUUAACAUUCUGUUUCUUUCCUAUUUCAUGAUUAUCAGUCGAUGAGAGGAAUAUCAGAGAUGUUUCUGCACCCGUGUUUCUUUUUAGGAGGACUGAUCAUAAGAGCGUAACUUUAACUGUCUUAUCCCCAUCAAGUUCUGUCCGAAACCCGAUUCCUUGUCUGAGGGUGCCAAUUACUACACCCCUCUUGAGAAGAAGGAAGACUCUGUCAUCAGGGGCCAUUCCCUGUCUCAACACUCAAUGACCGUCUUCUGUUCUCACAGCAAGCAAUAGUUUCACUGCUGUCACCCACAAUCAAACCCCAAGAGUGACAAUUCCACGGCUCUCAGGUUUAGGCCAUCUGAAGCAGUCACAGACUUAUCAGCGCCUCUUUUCUUUCCCCUUCAUUUUCUAAAGGAAGAGAGAGACAGUCAAACUCUUAUUGAACUGCUCAGCUGUGGUGGUGAUUAUGGACCACCAGAUGAGAUUGUGUGGACCUGGUGUGUGCAGAGCUGUCUGGCUCCUGGCCGCACUGCUGCCCCUCGGGGACACUGGGUCCUGGGGUUUGACCUCUGGGUCUUGGGGUUUGACCUCUGAUGCUGAGGCUCCUCAGGCAGGUCCACACGCAGACGGGGACUCUUUGGAGACACAUCCCAGACACAAGAGAAGCUGGGUGUGGAAUCAGUUCUUCGUUCUGGAGGAGUACACUGGCAACGAUCCUCUUUAUGUUGGAAAGCUUCACUCAGAUGUUGACAACGGGGAGGGAAACGUGAAGUACAUUCUCUCAGGAGAGGGAGCCUCCUCCAUAUUCACCAUCGAUGAGAACACUGGUGACAUCCAUGCAACCAAGAGGCUGGAUCGCGAGGUCCAGGCCUACUACACCCUGAGGGCCCAGGCAGUGGACAGCGAGACCAGAAGGCCUGUUGAACCUCAGUCUGAGUUUGUGGUGAAAGUCCAAGACAUCAAUGAUAACGAGCCCAAGUUCCCUGACGGCCCGUACACAGCUGGUGUGCCUGAGAUGUCACCUCUAGGUACCCAGGUGGUCCAGGUGACGGCGACAGAUGCGGAUGACCCCACGUAUGGGAACAGUGCCAGGGUGAUCUACAGCAUCGUCGAGGGCCAGCCCUACUUCUCAGUGGAGCCCAGGACAGGCAUCGUGAGGACAGCUCUUCCCAACAUGGACCGUGAGACCCGGGACCAGUAUCUGUUAGUCAUCCAGGCUAAAGACAUGGUUGGUCAGAUGGGAGGUCUCUCAGGAACCACCUCUGUCACCGUCCUGCUAACCGAUGUGAAUGACAACCCACCACGUUUCUCACGCAAGUCCUACCAGUACACUGUGCUGGAGUCUCUGCCUGUGGCCUCUGUGGUGGCCAAGCUGAAGGCAGCAGAUGAAGAUGAGGGCUCCAAUGCUGAAAUGGACUACCGUAUAGUGGACGGAGACGGCCCCAGCAUCUUCAACAUCACCACAGAUGAAGACACCCAGGAGGGCGUUAUCAUUUUGCAGAAGCCUCUGGACUUUGAGACCAAGAGCACCUACACCCUGAAAGUGGAGGUCACCAAUCGCUAUAUUGAUCCUCACUUCUUGACCUAUGGGCCCUUUAGUGACACAACCACUGUUAAACUCACAGUGGAGGACAUCAAUGAGCCCCCCAUCUUCACCACUCCACUCAGUAAAAUGGUGGUCUCGGAGGCUGCUAAAGUUGGCACUAUAAUCGGGAGUGUCUCGGCUCGUGAUCCAGAUGAUACCAACAGUGGCAUCAGGUACUCUAUUGACAGAAACACUGACCUGGAACGCUUCUUCAAUGUGGACGCCUCAUCAGGAGUUAUCAGUACUGCAAAAGCCCUCGACCGAGAGGUCAACUCUGUCCAUAACAUCACUAUCUUUGCCAUGGAGAGCCAGGACCCGUCACAAGUAGGGAGAGGUGUAGCGCUCAUCACAGUGAUGGACAUCAACGACAACGCCCCCAUGUUUGCCAUUGAGUAUGAGACUCUUUUGUGUGAGAACUCUGCACCAGGGAAGGUCAUCCAGACCAUCAGUGCGGUGGACAAGGACGAGCCGCCCAGUGGCCACAGGUUCUACUUCUCCUUGGCCGUCCCCGCCACCAGCAAUCUGAACUUCACCCUUCGGGACAACAAAGACAACACGGCGUCGGUGCUCACCAAGCACGGGGAUUUCCGCCGUCGGGAUCAGUCUCUGUACCGCCUCCCGGUUCUGAUUGUGGACAGCGGCACGCCGGCCCUGAGCAGCACCAACAUGCUCCUGGUGCAGGUGUGUGACUGCGGGGCUGAUGGCGUGGCCCAGGCCUGCGGGGCGGUGGCCUACUCCCUACCAGCCGGACUCAGCACUGGAGCUCUGCUGGCCAUCCUGGGCUGCAUUCUCACUUUACUAGUACUGGUCCUGUUGAUUGUGACAAUGAGGAGGAGGAGGAAGGAACCACUCAUUCUGGAGGACGAGAGGGACAUACGGGAGAACAUCGUCCGAUAUGAUGACGAGGGUGGAGGGGAGGAGGACACGGAGGCCUUCGACAUGGUCGCCCUACGAAACCUCAACAUCAUCCGAGACCACAAGACGCGGCGUGACGUGACCCCUGAGACGCCCACUUUCUUCCACUACCCGCCCCCUCCCUCAGGCCCCCGGCCCGCCUACAAGACCCUGCCAGAUAACUUGCUGUUCCGCGAGUUCAUCUGGGACCGGCUGAAGGAGGCCGACGUUGACCCCGCAGCACCUCCGUAUGACUCUCUGCAGACGUAUGCGUUUGAGGGCAGUGGCUCUGUGGCCGAGUCGCUCAGCUCCCUUGAGUCACUGAGCUCAGACUCUGAACAGAACUAUGACUACCUCAGCAGCUGGGGGCCGCGCUUCAAGAAGCUUGCAGAUCUAUACGGCAACAUCGAGGCCAAUGGCUUCUUCUCAUAGCCUCACGCUGCACACUUUGCUUGUUGUUGGUUAUCAGGGUUUUUUGGUAAACCCUGCUUUUUGCUGAAAAAGACAGUGAUCAUUUAUUGCUUGGUUAAUGACAAACAGUGAUCUGUAAAACAUGCAGAUAUGGAUGGUGUGUCUGUCAGUGAGGUGUGAGACUGUUCUAUCAUCAAAGUGAUAUGUUUGUUUACAUCCAUUUUGGGGGUUUUCAAACAGAACAACUUCUGGUGGCAUUUACACAGGAACUUCAAAUAAGAUGUGAGUACAGAGAGAACCUUUGAGGAAACCGCUGCACAUUUGACUUUGGGCUUGUGGCCAGCAUUUGAACUUGCCUUUUGUGGAGCAGUCUGGAUGUACUACUGCGUCAUUGCUUCUCUCUUAGUGACACUCGGGCAUAAGCCUGCCAUUUUUGCAUUGACGCUUUCCUCCUUUUGCAUUUGUUGUUCUCAAAAACAAACAAAACUUUUCCUGCCCUAAGUGCUCUGUCCACAUUGGUCAAUAUAGAGGUUGCUUGGAGCAAUUUCUUAAGAGUGUUGGUGUACAGUUUUUUUUGUUUCAUUUUCUAAAUCAGUCUUUUAAUGAAAUUGUAACAUCUUUGACAUGAAAGAACUAACAACAACAUUGGUUCAAUCAUUCGGUGCAAUGCCACGUCAUUCUGUUGCUUAAAAGGCUGUAAUAUUUCCAGUGUUGUACAUUUGCUCUGUUGGACACUUAUGAAAACAGAACAAAGCUGCUGAGAUUUGAUGUUCUGAUUUGGCACAGUGAAACAUGAGUGUGAUGUGGUGCGUACCUGAAGUUCUGAUUCUCAUAAUUGUCAGUUUCAGUGUCAUGUGACCUUCAGAGAGCUGGACGAUGAGGUAGAAACCUCUCAUGGUAGUCCUCUGUCUUUUUCUUCUCCCUCUGUUUGAGAAAGAUUUGGUGAUUUUUCCCUUUACUCUUCAAAUAGACAUUUGACAGAAUAUUCUGUUGUUUUGUUGAACUCAGCAGUAAAUGUGUGACACAAGCAUUUCAUAGUAAAAGCCUUGCUUAAAUUGGUAUGUGUUUGCAGUUUUCAGAUUUUGAAGGGGAUUCUAAAAUUCUCAUUUUGAACUAGAAUACAAAAGUGUUGCUGUGCUUCUUAUGAGGAGCAAAAUCAAGGGCAUCCUUGGAACAAGUGUGGUGUGUGGGUGGUGAUAAAAAAAAAGACUUCUACAGUAGAGAUGAGGGAAGGACAAAAGAAAUCCCUAUUUUAAAAUGAAAUGCCUUUUGAGCUGUUGCCAUUGAACUUCAACAUGUUAAUAAAACUCUUUUAUUUAUUUUGAAUAGGCAAAACACAUGUGCCAGAUGUUUUUUUUUUUCCUUUUUGAUGUCAAUAAAAGGGACAUUCAGUUCCUCAAAAGACUAGGGACUUUUUCCAAAUCUUUUGAACAUGGGAAAGGGGCUAUAUCUAUGAUAUGUCAGUGUUUAAUUAUCUUAUCAAGGUGAACCAGAUAGGCUUUUAGAA